AUGUCUGAUGAUUCAAGAUACUUCUUCUCAGCAAAUAGUUUCAAGAAAGCUCAUGAAGCUUCUCAGAAUAUCUGCACUAUUAAUCUCAGAGUUGAUAGUGGACAUUUACAGCUUCAUUGCAAUGUUGUUGCAUGGGUCCAAUCUUCUGCAGCUAAGUGUCAGGUGUUCAUCAUUUAUGAAUAUCAGGGAAUAAAAACAGCACUAUUGAAGCCAAGCCAACAGCAUUCUUUCAACAGAUAUCAUCUCCCCCAAAUGAGAUAUCAUGACAGACUGAUGCCAGAAAGGGAAAUCUGGCUGGCAAAUCAGGUAUUACUUAAUGGAAUCCAACUUGUGGCUAAAGAUAUUAAUGAAGAAAGAUACUGUAUAAAGAUAAAGUAUCUCAACAGUCAACAAAGAUUUCUCAAGACACUUGAGACUGAUGAGACUGUCAAUAAAAAUCUAGAAAGCCUCUUCAACUCUUUCUGCUCACAAAAUCAUGUUGAUACUGUGUCAUCACAACAGCACCUCAAAUUCAAGCCAUUUUAUCUCCAGAGAUUGGCAGUUACACAACAUCCUGACAGAAAGGCCAGCAAAUUUCUCAACAGAAAACAGUCAAGCUCACAGCAAGCCAUAAUGGCUAGACCAAAGUCCAGUCAGAAGAAAGAUUCAAAGCUACAUGAACAGUUUCAUCCAGCUAUUGUUGAAACACCAUCUCACUCAAGAUCAGAAUGGAGCUUUAUGAACUUCUUCUCAGCCAAGAAAGAGCAAUGA